AUGCAAUCUGGUGAAAACAAGAAGUUGAAAUACUCGAAUUUGACAUGCAAGAUGCCUCAGCCAGACAGUGUUGAUGAGCAGAUUCCUUUUUCAAUCGAGAAGAUAGUGCAAUACCCAUUACCCGGUUACGGUUCUCCAACUUCAGUUAAUUUUAGUCCUGAUGAUAAUCUUAUAUCUUACUUGUAUAGUCCGGAUCAAACAUUAAACAGAAAAGUCUUCAUCUUUGAUCUCACAACUUGUAAGCAAGAAGUGUUUUUUAGCCCACCGGAUGGUGGUCUUGAUGAAGAUAAUCUAUCAGAAGAAGAGAAGUUUAGAAGGGAAAGAUCAAGAGAGCGUGGUUUGGGGGUGACACGCUAUGAAUGGGUGAAAACAAGCUCCAAGAAGACCACAAUCAUGGUGCCUUUGCCUGCUGGGAUAUAUUUCAUGGAUCGUUCUUUACAACCACAGCUGAAGCUUCCCAGUGAUACCUCUCCCAUUGUUGAUCCACAUCUUUCUCCGGAUGGUACUAUGCUUGCUUAUGUAAGAAACCAUGAACUACACGCAUUAGAUCUUUUGUACAACAGGUCCAAACGCUUGACAUCUGGCGCUAAUGGGACCACCAAGACACAUGCUGUAGCUGAGUAUAUCGCACAGGAAGAGAUGGAUCGAAGGAAUGGUUACUGGUGGUCCCCAGACAGCAAAUGCAUAGCUUUUACGGAGGUGGAUUCAUCUGAAAUACCUGUUUACAGAAUCAUGCACCAGGGUAAGGCUACAACCGGUUCAGAGGCUCAAGAAGAACACGCCUACCCUUUUGCGGGGGCCACAAAUGUGAAGGUCCGUCUUGGUGUUGUCCCUGUUGUUGGUGGGGCCGUCACCUGGAUGGAUCUUUGCUGCGGUGGGAGUGGGACCGAUGGUGAAAACGAGUAUUUAGCUAGAGUCAACUGGAUGCAUGGAAAUGCCCUGAUUGCCCAAGUAUUAAACAGGUCUCAUUCCAAACUUAAGCUCCUCAAGUUUGACAUCAAAACAGGCAUAGGAAAAUGCAUCUUUGUUGAACAACACGACAAGUGGAUCAAUCUGCACGAUUGCUUCACACCUUUGGAUAAAGGAGGCGGGUUUUUAUGGGCCAGCGAAAAAACUGGAUAUAGACAUGUUUAUCUGCAUGAUGAAAACGGUGUGUGCGUGGGGCCCAUAACGCAAGGUGAAUGGAUGGUUGAACAGAUUGUGGGGGUGAAUGAAGCCUCUGGGUUCAUAUAUUUCACCGGAACAUUAGACGGGCCUAUCGAGUGUCAUCUUUAUCGUGCUAAACUGUCUCUUCCAAUAAAUCCAUUAGAAAGGCCCGUGAAGCUGACACCUGGUAAGGGAAAACACAUUGUGGUGCUUGAUCAUCAGAUGCAGAAAUUUGUAGAUAUUCAUGAGUCUCUGGAUUCGCCUCCUAGAGUGUCACUCUGCUCGUUGCAUGAUGGAUCCCUGAUUAGGUGUCUUUAUGAGCAACAAGCGGCUACAAUCCCAAGAGUGAAGAAAUUACAGAUGGACCCUCCAAAGAUGUUUGAAAUCCAAGCGAAAGACGGGACGCUUCUAUACGGGGCUUUAUAUAAACCGGAUGAAGCAAAAUUCGGACCUCCGCCUUAUAAAACUAUGAUUGCUGUGUAUGGUGGUCCGGGUGUACAGCUUGUGAGCGAUUCGUGGGCCAACACUGUUGAUAUGAGAGCUCAGUUUCUUAGAAGUAAAGGCAUCCUAGUAUGGAAGAUGGAUAACAGGGGCAGCUUGAGGCGAGGGCUGGAGUUUGAAGGUGCAGUGAAGUACAAUUUUGGGCGUUAUGACGCGGAGGACCAGGUGGCGGGAGCGGAAUGGCUGAUAAAAGAAAGGCUGGCGAAAGCGGAGCACAUUGGGUUGUACGGGUGGAGCUACGGAGGAUACCUGUCGGCCAUGGCACUGUGUCGGUUUCCCGAGAUGUUCAGGUGUGGGGUUGCUGGUGCACCGGUGAGCUCGUGGGACGGGUAUGAUUCGUUUUACACAGAGAAGUAUAUGGGUAUGCCCGAUGAAAACAAAUCGGGUUAUUGGUUCGGGUCGGUGAUGAACCAUGUAGACAAGAUGAAAGGGAAGCUGUUGUUGGUUCACGGGUUGAUUGAUGAGAAUGUUCAUUUCAGGCAUACCGCCCGCCUUUUGAAUGCCUUGGUGGCUGCUCGCAAGCCGUACGAGCUCUUGCUGUUCCCGGAUGCACGCCAUAUGCCUCGCCCUCUCAAGGAUCGCCUUUACAUGGAACAAAGAAUUUGGGACUUCAUUCAAACCGCUUUAUGAACUAACUAUUUAUUUCUCAUCCGCACCUGUUUUACUUUUAUUUUAUGACCAUAUAAUAAAUAAUAUACAAAAAUAUGAUGGAUUGGAUGGUGUUCGACUCAAACAAGAUUUCAUUUCUCCACCUCCGCUG